AUGAAACCGAAGGAUGUGACCAGCAGGAAUGAGAAAUAUUUACUGGAACAUCUCUACAGAAAAUUGAAGAAGAAUACCAAAAGAGCAACGAAAUUCAAAAUCAGUGAUAAAGUGCGUAUCAGCAAAUAUAAAACUAUCUUUGAAAAAGUAUAUACACCCAACUGGGCAACUGAAAUCUUCACAAUCAGGAAAGUGGAGAACACCGAUACUAUCACUUAUAAACUGAUGGACAUUGGAAAUGGAUUAGUGCAAGGAGGCUUCUACCAAGAAGAACUGCUGAAAGUGAAGUACCCAGACGUCUACCUAGUGGAGAAAGUAUUGAAAAAAAGGGGAAAGAAGGAAUAUGUUAAAUGGUUGGGCUUCGAUUGCACACAUAAUAGUUAG